GCUUCACUGACACGGAUGGCAACCCCUUGGCGAAAAGCGACCGGGUUCUCAAGGUGCAUUUGGACGAGGAGGGCUAUUUCGCUAGGUUUGACAAGGUGCGCGGAUUUAGCUUCAAUUUGAAUGAAGAUUAUCAUUGCAUUACGAAGGAGCCCUUGGAUAUGCCCGUCAGACUCGGGAAGCAUUACCCCAAGAGGUCCAAUCGCAACAACACCUUGGGUCCUGUGGCUUGCCCAGCCUUUGUUCCAGAGCAUGCCCACAUGCAGCCAUGGAAGAUCAAGAAGGAUAUUUGGUCAGAAAAGAGCAAGAUGAGUUGUCGUGUUGGUGGCCCUGCACCUACUGCACAUGAGAAAACAACAAGGAAGGGGGAUACCAUGGAGCCUGUGAAUUUCCAUCAACUACCUUGGAAAUUUUGGGCUGAGAUGAUCCACAGUCACAACUGUCAGGCUGUGAUCGAUUGCACAGUGGGCGCUGGCUAUGUUGCAGAAGCUGCCAUCCAUGAAAGAGUACCCUAUUUGGGUAUUUGCCAAACUACCCUCCACAGCAACAUUACCAGGCAGUACCUGUUCGCUCGGGUGUGGAAGCUGAUGCAAGAGCAUGGUUCGGAUUUCUAUAUUCCGGAGCUGCACGAAGCUUUGGGACAGGACAUGAUG